GACAAAUUUAAUAGUCAUCUCAUACAAAAGAGAAGAAAUCUUUUUAGACACAUUUCUAUACAACUUACAACUUCUCUUGAUCUCAUCUACAAUUUUCUGAGAAUUCAAUACUUCCUUGUUAAAUAUACUAUAAUCCUUUUCGGCGCAAAGCAUUUUCACCUACCGGUUCUCGACUUUCGAUCAGACAAAUUUCCACAACUUUCAGUUCUAAAGAGAACAUAGAAAUCUGCCAUCAUGGCCAUGCCACCCGCAAUGAACGAACUCCUCAAAUGGAGUGUAGAGAACUCUACUGCCACCGCCGCCGAUCCUAACGCUCCCCCUCCACAAAAUAGAGCUCUCCCAGCGGAUGCCAUGAAUGUGCUCUUUGGUGGUCCCAGUGAUGCCGACCUCAUGAAGGCCUCCAUAUACGCCGUUCAAUCUACCGACCCCGAAGUUACUAUUGAAGAUAAAGUCAUUGCAUUUGACAACUUCGAACAACUGAUUGAGAACCUCGACAAUGCCAACAACAUCGAGGUACUCGAGUUAUGGAAACCUUUAUUGGAGUUCUUGGGACACGAGGAAAAAGAGAUCAGGAAGAUGGCUGCUUGGUGCGUGGGAACAGCAGUGCAAAAUAAUGAGAAGAGUCAGAAGUCUAUGUUGAAGGAAGGGGGUGUGCCACUUCUGGUCAAGAUGUGUGUCGAUGAGAAGGAAGAGAAGGAUGUGAGGAGAAAGGCGGUUUAUGCUUUGAGUAGUGCGAUCAGAAAUUUCCAGGAGGGAAUGGAUGUCGCGACCGAGGAGCUUGGUAAAUUAGGAAGAAGUAGUGAGAAGAUCGAUGCGGCAGACAUGGAUGCCUGCGAUGUCUUGAUUGGGGGACUGAGGGAGGAGGCUUCAAAGGGAGCACAAGGAUGAGAUAUCAAGGAGGUUUAAAUGAUUGAAGGAUACGAAAUACAGCGGUAGCUACUACGUCACACGCAUGAUCUGGGAUGGAGUUUGGGAGUUUGGUAGAUUAAACAUUUGGGAACGAUAGACAGAGACAUUGAUAUCCUGCCAAUCUUGUUAAGGGGGGAAGUUUUCACCAGGACUUUCGGAACAAGAUUGCCACCUCACUGAGGACUUAUUAUAGAGAAUGCAUGAAAGUUACA